UAAUCGUACUGUUUCGUUUUUUAUAGACUCUGCUUUGAGUAUUGUGUAAUGGUACUGUGAUUGUGAGUUAAAAAUCCAAUUGCACUUCAAUACUUCCUCAAUCGUAAUUGAUAGUUUAUAAAUAUUACUUUGCUGUGUUUAUUUAACGUUAUCAACGAUGUCUUUCAUGGAUUUUGAUCUUUAACAAUACGAUUUGUGUUUGUGAAAAUUUGUAGGACAACAAGUGUAGUGACGCGCUAUUGUAGACAGAGGGCUCAGCGAGCUAAAAAUACACUGAUACGAAUUCUAACAGCAAUUAGAAAAUCUCUACUUCUUCUCUUAUUUGUGAUGUUCCCGCAUCCCAUCAGCGCGGAAGAACAGAAGUCGAAUUUAAUUCCGAGUGUUAAUCUUCUCCAUUCAAAAAGAAAAGGAAUAUUCAUACACCCCUCUGCUAUGUACAGAAGUAAUGCACCGUGCUGCAAAUAUACAAGCACAGCAUUUAUAAUCAGAAGUUUUAGUGGGUAAAACAAAACUCAAAAUACUGAAGAUGAAACUUUUGGAAAGCGGUCGCUUGGAAGCGCUUAGCCGCGCACUUUCGAUCUUGAACGGCGACAGCGCCGUGCAGGGUCGUGUUGAAAGUUACAGCUGUAAGAUGGCGGGAAGCGAGAAAGCCUUCUACAAGCGUUUUACUGCUGAUGGAGAAACCACUCACAACCUGCAAGCACUGUCACCUCCAGAAGGUGUUACAUACAGUCGCAGCCUGUCAGGAGAUGAGGAUGGAGUUCUCUGUGAUACAAUAUCGCGGAAGACAUUAUUCUAUUUAAUUGCAACAUUGAAUGCGGCAUUCCCUGAUUAUGAUUUUUCAAUGGCAAAGAGCAACGAGUUCAGCGCGGAGCCAUCGGUCACGUGGGCGCAAGGCGCGGUGGACGCGGCGCUAUCGGCGGUGGGCGGCGCGCGUUGGCGUCAAUUGCGGCCGGCGCUGUGGGCCGCCAUAGACGACGAGGUGGCGCUUGCAGACUGCCGCAUCUACAGCUAUGGGCCUGACCUUGCUAGUGACCCCUUCGGCGAGCCCGGCUGUCUGUGGACUUUCAACUACUUCUUCUACAACAAGAAGCUCAAACGGAUUGUGUUCUUUACAUGCAGAGCAAUGAGCCCCGUGUGUGCUGUGGACUCUGGCGUGGACUUUGCUAUGGAUGAAGAUGAAGAAUAUAACUAAGUUUACAAUCAAAUUUUUAUGUACUGCACUUAUUUCUUUUUUCUUAUUUCAAAAUAUAUUUACAUUUAUAUUACUUAGAGCAAUACUUAGCAGAAAAUAGUAGAUAAUCCAUAGGUUAUUGCAAUUUAUAAUAUUGUUCAAUAAUUAAGUAGUUAUUCACAAAUUUACUUAUAACAAUUGAUUUUUUUUUUAAAUAAUGCAGGAUAUUGGGAUCAUGUCAAUAAUAAUUUAGUAAUGAAGUAGACGGAGUACCCUGAAGGUUUCUGGUAAAGUGGCUAGUUGAGAUUGAAGUUUGUGUAAUAUGUUUAAAUCACAAAUUUUUCAUGUUGGUGCUUGGUUAUAGACACUAUUUUACUUGAGGCGAGAAAGCCUAGGUAAGUAAUAGUUUCUCUGUCUACCCCGGAAAGGUAACAGUCACUAGAGGUUAGUAGUUAUUUUUCGUAAGCAUGAUACAUUUUUCUUUUUAGCGGAAAGUAUUUACCUUUCACAUACAACACUUGUGAUGCUCCAUUUUCAUUGAAAUUAUCAUUAAUGCAAAAGUGACACAAUUAUUUUUACAUUAAGUCUAACCACACAAUUUGUUUAUCGGUGUAGACUCAAAAUGAAUGCGACAUUUCUAUCAAUUUUUUAUCAAUCUUAAGGUAGAAUUAAAAGGUAAGGUAAAAAUAUUGUUCAUGAAUAGAUUUAUGAUAGUUUUAAGGAGUGAUUUUUGAGUUUGUUACAUAUAAAAAAAAAUCACUUUAUUUGUGUCCAAAAUAUGGCAACAAUAAGAUUUUUAAAGUUCUAUAUUAAUUUUGCACAAUUUCUUGCGAGGCUGAACAUAACGUUCCCAAUAAAAAUUGGUGUUAAUAAAUGUAAUACAAAAUGUUGUAAAACUUAGCCUUGAAGUACUUAUUGACGAAUUAAGAGAAGUCACAAGUAAGUUAUUUCUACAUUAUAAAAAUACUGCUGGAAGUCAAUAUAAUACAUCUAAAUAAAAAAGACUAUGACCAAAGUAUAAAAAUAAAUCUGACGAAAGUAAAAAAAAUAUUGGAAAUGGGUAUCUCACAUUUUAAUACACUAUUGUAUAGAAAAAAAAACAAUUCUGGACAUCUCUAAAGUUUAAAUAUGUUUCAGCCAUUUCUUUAUUAAUGCUAAAUUAUUUAACGUGAUAUAUUCUUAACAAAGUUUCGAUGUGAUCUGUUUCGUAAAUCCGCCUGUAAUUUGUUGUGGCAAUCUUCUAAUAUUAGUUAACACAUGUAUUUUUAUUUUCUAA